AUGAAUAUUGGCGAACUUCUUGCAAAUACUCUUUCUCCUGAUGCACGGCUUCGAGCUGAAGCAACGCGACAAUUGGAGGUUAUUUCUCGUGAUCAUUGGACUGCUUAUAUGCAUAUGCUUUCUCAAGAACUCGUUAAUGAGCAAGCACCAUCGCAUAUAAGAAGUGCAUCAGGAUUGGCUCUUAAGAACUCUUUAACCUCUAAGGAAAAACAUAGACAAGAAGAAUAUAAUCAAAAAUGGUUUUCACUAGAGCAAAGUUUAAAGCAGCAAAUUAAGUCUAAUGCAUUUUUAGCAUUAGCCUCUCAAGAUGGAAAAGCAGGUCAAGCUGCUGCGCAAUUCAUUGCAGCUAUAGCAGCAAUAGAACUUCCAAUUAACCAAUGGCCGGAACUUAUGGUUAAUCUUGUCCAAAAUGUUUCUGAAGGUCAGAAUUCAAAUUUAAAGCAGGCAUCUCUUCAAGCAAUUGGAUAUAUUUGUGAAACAGUGGAUUCUGAAAAUUUAGCUGCUCAGUCGAACGCAAUUUUAACAGCAGUAGUACAAGGUGCUCGAAAAGAAGAGCUUAAUUCCUCUGUUCGUUUUGCUGCUGUUAGCGCUUUAUUUGAUUCUUUAGAAUUUGUAAAAGAAAAUUUUGAACGCGAAGGGGAGCGUAAUUAUAUUAUGCAAGUGGUCUGUGAAGCUACACAAAGCGAAGAUGUAAGGGUUCAAAUAACUGCGUUUGGUUGUCUUGUUCGUAUAAUGCAGCUUUAUUAUGAUAAAAUGAGAUUUUAUAUGGAAAAGGCUCUUUUUGGUCUUACUGUUCUUGGGAUGAAACAUAAUGAUGAAAAAGUUGCAUUACAGGCUGUAGAAUUUUGGAGUACUGUUUGUGAAGAAGAAAUAGAUGUUAGUUUAGAAAUUCAAGAGGCUCUUGAGAAUGGUGUUUCUUCAGAAAGAAAGAACUUUCAGUUUGCUAAAAUUGCUCUUCCUGAAGUUUUGCCAGUUCUGUUGCAAUUGAUGUGUAAACAAGAUGAAGAUGUAGACGAAGAUGAAUGGAAUGUUUCUAUGGCUGCUGGGACCUGUGUUCAGUUAUUUUCUCAAUGUGUAGAAGGUUUAAUAGUUGGGCCUGUAUUAACGUUUGUCGAGGCCAAUAUUAGAAGUGAUGACUGGAAACGGAGAGAAGCUGGUGUUAUGGCUCUUGGUUCUAUUUUAGAAGGACCUGAUCCAAAGCUUUUAGAAACAUUGAUGCAAGAGGCUUUACCUGUAUUAAUUAGCAUGAUGUCAGACCCUGUGAUUCAGGUUCAAGAUACUACAGCUUGGACUUUAGGCCGUAUAACUGAUUUGGUUAUAAAUGCUAUUUCUCUUGAAAUUCAUCUUCCUAGCUUGAUUCAUGCGCUUUUGAAUGGUCUUAAUGCAAAUCCUCGGAUAGUGUCUAAUUGUUGUUGGGCGUUAAUGAAUCUUUUUGAGCAACUUAAUGGUAAUUCUUAUAGGUCUAAACAGCAGGUGUCUAUUAUGUCUCCAUAUUUUGAGAAUAGUGUAUCAUCUUUACUUAGAGUAACAGAACAGACUAUAAAUGAAAAUAACUCUCGAACAUCUGCAUAUGAAGCUUUAUCUACUAUGGUUACAUAUAGUUCUAUGGAUAUGAUACCAAUAGUAUCAAGGCUAUUAAUUGUAAUUCUUGAGCGGUUAGAACAAACAAUAGCAUUUCAAAGUCAGAUUAUUGGGAUUGAUGAACGUACUAAUCACGAAAAACAUCAAUCUAAUCUUUGUAAUACAUUGACUAGUAUUAUUAGGCGUUUAGGUUCUGAUAUGCGUUCUUCUUCAGAUAGAAUUAUGACUAUUCUGCUCCAACUUAUUCAAAAUGCAUCACGACAUUCUAUAAUUCAUGAAGAUGUUUUCUUAGCAAUUAGUGCUUUAACUUCUGGUAAUAUUUUAGAUUUUUGUGUAAAUUUUAUAAUUCAUGAGCUAGUUUUGGAUGGAUAUUUUUGUGUUUACUUAGAUUCUUUUGUUCCGUUUUUGUAUUCCGCGCUUUCUAAUAUUGAGGAGUAUCAACUUUGUUCUAUUGCCGUUGGUUUAAUAGGUGAUAUUUCUCGUGCAUUAGGCGAUAAAGUAAUUCCAUAUUGUGAUAAUUUUAUGACUCAUCUUCUUCAAAAUCUUCAAAGUUCUGUCUUACAUCCUAAUGUUAAGCCUGUAAUUUUGUCAUGUUUUGGAGAUAUUGCUCUUGCAAUUGGUAGUAAUUUUAUAAAAUAUUUAGAAGUUGUUAUGCAACUUUUGCAACAAGCAUCUACAAUAUACUCUACUCCUGAUCAGGGUUAUGAAAUGAUUGAUUAUGUAAAUCAGCUUCGUGAAGGUAUUGUGGAAGCAUAUGUAGGUAUUGUUCAAGCAUUAAAAGAAGAGAAGAAAUCUAAUCCGCUUCUUCCUUAUAUUCAACAUAUAUUUCGUUUUUUAGCGGUGAUACACAAUGUUCACGAUAAGUCGGAAAGUCUUACACGUGCUAUGAUUGGUUUAUUGGGGUUUGUUAAGCAAUUGAAUGAUUGCAAUUGUUUUAAACAUUAUAGUGAUUUUGCUGAGAUUUUUCCUAGAAACCAGAUUUCAUCAAUGCUUCAAGUAGAAUGGGUUAACGAAUGUUUGAAACAAGGGAGAACUAAGCCAGGGUAUUCUUCUUCUACUAAAGAAGUUGCACGAUGGAGCACUGAACAAAUCAAGGCUGUUAUAAAUGGGAAAUAA